GCCAUUUGAGAGAUUGGAAGCAAAAGGUAAGUUUUGUUACUUAUUUCUUAGAAAAGUUAAUUGGAUUUUUAAGGUUGGAAAUAUUUUUAUAGCAUUUGUUUGAUUUUAUUGAACAAAUUCCUGAUUUGAGGUAGAGGAGACUAUGUUUUUCUCUGGAUAUGUCCUAGUUCCUUCCUGUGAGAGGAGUACAUAAUCUUCAUCAAAAUAUUUGAUCUUACAGCUACUACAGAUGCCAAUAUCAUUACAGGAUGUUCCAAUAUAUUGCACAUAAGGGAAGUACAGAGACAUACAAACUCUGUAGGUUAGUGCAGAUACUGAAGGUGUACAUAAAUAUCAAUAUUUUCCACAGAGACUAACAUUGCAUUUAUUGCUUUUGUCUACUUACACAAAAUGGUAUACAUUUGAAGCCCCAUGUCCUUUAAAAUCUUUUAUUUUUAGGAAAAGUGAAAUGUAAAUGAUUUUGAAUAAUGAAUAUUCUGGAUUUGUUUGCUCAGAGAAAAAGAAAUACACUCAACAUGUUAUUAUUAUAUUUUGGGGUUAAUAUCCUUUAUAGUUGAAUCAUUUGAGUUAAAUGACAUGUUAGAGAAAAGUAAGACCAGAAACAUUUCUAUUGAAAAUAGCAGAAAAUACAAAACUGGAAAAAAGAACAAGAAUAUUCAAGCGUGUUUCAGAGCGUGGAUGUAUUUUAUUUUAUUUUAUUGCAGUGAAGCAGGAAACCUUUAGUAAUCUUAUAAGCUAAUACUGAAAGGUGCAAUUCAACUAAGUCUGCUCAAAGACAAGCUAAUGUGGCUCUAGCUUCUCCCAGCAGCAACUGAAAAGUCUUUUUGAAUAAAGCACAUGAGGGAAAAAUGAAUACCUUGUGUUGCUGACCAUCCCCAGAGGAAUUUCAUAUCCUCAUGCCUAAAGCAGCUUCAUAAAGACCUCUUUUCAGAUCGCUAAAAUUCAGGUUGUCGCUUAGCAUGAGUUCCAAAAACUGUCUCACGUGUUUCUUAUACUUAAUCUACUGUAAAUUGCUAUAAUUUUAAAUGAAAUACUUGCCUGUGUGUAUUAUGGGAUCACAACAGAAGUACAGUUUAUUAGAUAUGCACUGCUUUUUAUCAAAGUCUGCACUUUUGUUGAAAUUAGUGGAAGAAGUGAAUAAAUUAAGAUGUAAGUAAAUGUUGAAUAGACCCCAUGUGUUAGACCGCUUAUGUGAUAGACAUAACUUACAAAGAAUAGUGUGAAUUUUAUACUACUUUAGUAAAAUACAGAACUUUUAAAAAGCUGGUAAUUGAUUUUGAAGUACAAGGAGAACAGAUGACAGCACCCCAAUGUCAUUUCUUACUACUUUAAAAGUUAUGUUGAUUGGAUAAUGAAAGAGUUAAGGCUACUGUCAAUAAUAGGCCUGGGAAGCACAUAGAAUACUUCUAAUUUUGCUCCCCGGACCUUUGCAGAGGAGACAUUCCAAAUAUGCCACAUCCUUUGAACAACUUAAAAUGACAUUAUGUCAGAACAGCUAUUGGGUGAAAAAGUGCCUUGAUUAUGCUCAUCCGAAGACAGCAAGGAAAGAGGGAAAAAGAAAAAUCCAGAAUGAAGACUUUUGUAAAUAUUUUUCUGGGAUUUUUUAUCUUUGAGUCUGUUGGAGCUGUACCUAUCACUGACACUGUAACUUAUGAUUCUGAGUUCUAUGAUGUUUCACUUGGAGAACUGCCUCACCCAUUUGUCUCUGCUGAAAACGAUCAAUCUGACCAAGUAGAGACAGAGAUUGGGACUGCAAUACCUUCUAUAAUUCAAGAGAGUUAUUCUUCUGCACCGUUGACAGAAGAACCUGAGGAAGAAGCAUCAACACCAAAAUUAAUUGAUGGAUCUUCUGCACAAGGGUCUGGGGUUCUUGUGCCCCAAACUCAAGAUGGCCUUCCCACGUGCCUUUUGUGUACAUGCCUAGGGACAACAGUCUACUGUGAUGACCGUGAGCUGGAUGCUGUUCCACCACUGCCUAAGAACACCAUGUAUUUCUACUCACGCUACAACCGAAUCAGGAAGAUAAACAAAAAUGACUUUGCUAACUUAAAUAACUUAAAAAGGAUUGAUUUGACUGCAAAUCUAAUAUCAGAGAUCCAUGAAGAUGCCUUCCGGAGACUGCCCCAACUUCUGGAACUUGUGCUCCGUGACAAUAGGAUAAGGCAACUUCCUGAGCUGCCAUCUACCUUGACUUUGAUUGAUAUUAGUAACAACAGGCUUGGUCGCAAGGGAAUCCGUAAUGAGGCAUUUAAAGAUCUGCAUGAAUUACAGCAUCUUUAUAUCACUGACAAUAACUUGGAUCACGUUCCAUUGCCACUCCCUGAAAGUCUCCAAGCUCUUCAUCUUCAGAACAACAACAUUCAAGAGAUGCAUGAAGAUACUUUCUGCAAAAUGAGAGAUUUCUCUUAUGUACGCAGGGCUCUUGAAGACAUCAGACUGGAUGGUAAUCCCAUCAACUUGAGCAAAACCCCUUAUGCAUAUAUGUGUCUGCCCCGUUUGCCAGUUGGAAACCUCAUCUAAGCUAUGACAGAAGCCAGUACUGUCACAUAUUAUGAGAAUUUUUAAAAAAGAUUAUUAACUCCCUACUACACUACACAAGAUACAUGUUUUUUCAAAUCUUGUUAAUUUGGAAAAUAUUUCCAUUAACAGUGAAACUGAUAAUGAGGUACAGAUAAUGAUAUGGAAUGCUAUAAGACAAGUUAAGUAUCUAAACAACUGUAAGUUGUGAAGCAAUAUCAAGAAAAACGUUUUACGUACAAAAAUAUUACUGGAGGCAAUAGAAGAUCAAUGUAAAUGCAACAUUUUAUCUUGAAUCAAUGUAAGAUUUCUAAAUUUAAAUAAUUUUAUAUGUUGAAAUUGUAACAUAGGAGGAAAAGUAUUAAAAAGAAAAUAUAUGUACAAAAUUGAAUAUUUAUCCCUUUUCAUUUGAUUUAAUAUUUUCCCUCUCAGAGACACUCACAUUUGUCUGCUUUUUUGCCAAAACAUCCCUUCACUUUAGAAGAGUACAAACAGUAUUCCAAAAGGUAUUUUUUUAGAAAGCAGAAUCUUUCAGUCAAUAACACAACAUAGAUUAAAAAUAAAAUAUUUAUUAAUGUCUGCAGAAUUAGUCUUUAUAAUGCUGAUAAAGUCCAAAGCUGUUUUAUGUAUCUUCGAUAAACUGACCUAACAGUUUAUCUGGCUAAUAAAAAACUCAUGUAAAAUGAA